AUGAUUACCGAGCUUUUUACUUCCGGAGAUUUGAGAAAGUUCACCGACAAACACAAUCUUGUAGGUAACACCGCGAUCAAGAAUUGGUCUAGACAGAUUCUAAGUGCGUUGAACUAUCUUCAUGAUCGUAGUAUACUGAUGAUCGUUCAUCGAGAUGUUAAGAUUGAAAACAUUUUCUUUGAUGGAAACUUGGGCACGGUUAAGCUAGGAGAUUUUGGUUUCGCGUGUAAAAUUAAACCGGGAAGAAGUCUAACUAGGUGUGUUGGUACACCAGAAACUAUGGCACCGGAAAUUUUUGAAGCAGAAUAUAAUGAAAAGGUUGAUAUAUUUUCGUUUGGGAUGACUUUAGUACAGAUAGUGACUAAGGAAAAGAUGUACAGCGAAUGCAACAACGACAAGGAGCUGGUUUCCGGAAUGAUUAAGAGGGGUGAAAUGCCUGCCGCGCUAAACAAUGUGGAAGACUCCGAGGUUAGGCAAUUCAUUGAUAAGUGUCUGCGCCCUAAAUCAGAGAGACCUGCGGCAAUUGACCUCCUGAAUGACCCGUUUCUUGCAGACGAUGUUCCUGAAACAUCAAAAGCAAGUAGUAGUGCUAGUAUUCAGACUCUGAGAGAGUCUGUGCGUGAUCAGGUGGCUAGAUUACUGCGUACAGACCACCCUGACAGUACGACACAUAACGUUCCGCCUUCCAGACCACCUCUGGAACGAGAAAGAGAAAUUGAGCGUGGGUGUGAGACCUUUGGGUCACAAAAGGGAACGUCUGAGACUGUUUCGCCAUCUAGGACACACGAGAAAUCGAGUGAUACCUAG